AUGGCAGCAUUGGUGCAUCCCCACUGGGGCCUGGUGGAGCCCCAGAGCGCCUGGAGGGGAGCGUUGUGCCUGUGGGGUGAAGAGCGGGUGUGUGAAACCAAAGGACCUCUGAAGGGGCAAGCGCCACCUGGCUGGGCCGCCGCCCCACACUCGCCCCGCACCCCAGCGGCGCCUGGCAGAGCAGCUGCGCGGGCCACGCACAGCGUCCGCAAGACUUCCACGCCAAUGCGGUACCCGAGGCCUCCCCACGAGUUGCGGGGGACGGUGUGUGAGGAACAGCGGACUCAGUCCCGCCUGGCCCCUGGCCUACCGGCCCUGGCUCCGCGCCGCGCUCCCCCUCCCGGGCCCCCAUGGCCUUGGCUUCGGAAGACCCGGGAAACGCCCCUUGGGUGUGCCUCGCCCCGCCCCGCCCUGCCCUGGCCCGCACCUACCCAUCUCCCCAGAGACACCCGAAAUGCCCCCAGCGUGGACCCUUCGGGCCUGCUCAUCAGACACCCUCCUCUGCUGGCCCCCCGGAACGGGCAGUCGACCGUGGGUCGCCUCUGCGGACUCCGGGCAGACGGCUCACCUCAGGGCCCUCCAGGCAGUUCUCAGCGAAGGCGCCCAGGAUCCGCGGCCUGUGGGGACACGCUCCGCGGCGCGGGACCGCAGGCCAGGCAACCGGACUCGCAGCCAAGCGGGGAGCCUCUGGGCCGCAAAGUGGAGCAGGCCGAGGAAGGUGGAAGCGAAAGGCACGUACGCCACCCCAAGGUGGACCGGGCCGCGUGCCACGGUCCUGCUCCCCUCCUCCCGCGGCUCCUGGCCAGGCACUGGGGUGGGGGGGCAGACACCGGGGCUGACCUCUUCGGGCGGGAAGGGGAGCACAGGCCGCCCGGCUCGCUGGCGCUCUACUCGUGCCCGGCGUACGGCGCGUCGGCGCUGGCGGCGCCGCGCAGCGAGGAGCUGGCGCGCUCGGCGUCGGGCUCGGCCUUCAGCCCCUACCCCGGCUCGGCGGCCUUCACGGCGCAGGCGGCCACUGGCUUCGGCAGCCCGCUGCAGUACUCGGUGGACGCGGCCGCCGCCGCCGCCGGCUUCCCGUCCUACAUGGGCGCGCCCUACGACGCGCACACAACCGGCAUGACGGGCGCCAUCAGCUACCACCCGUAUGGCAGCGCGGCCUACCCGUACCAGCUUAACGACCCCGCGUACCGCAAGAACGCCACAAGGGACGCCACGGCCACGCUCAAGGCCUGGCUGCAGGAGCACCGCAAGAACCCCUACCCCACCAAGGGCGAGAAGAUCAUGCUGGCCAUCAUCACCAAGAUGACGCUCACGCAGGUCUCCACCUGGUUCGCCAACGCGCGGCGGCGCCUCAAGAAGGAGAACAAGAUGACGUGGGCCCCGCGGAACAAAAGCGAGGACGAGGACGAGGACGAGGGGGAAGCGGCCAGGAACAAGGAGGAGAGUUCUGACAAGGCGCAGGAGGGCACCGAAACCUCCGCGGAGGAUGAAGGAAUCAGCCUGCACGUCGACUCGCUCACAGAUCACUCGUGUUCUGCCGAGUCCGACGGGGAGAAGCUGCCGUGCCGCACCGGGGACCCCCUGUGCGAAUCGGGCUCGGAGUGCAAGGACAAGUACGACGACCUGGAGGACGAAGAGGAUGAUGACGAGGAGGGCGAGCGGGACCUGGCGCCACCCAAGCCCGUGACCUCGUCGCCGCUGACGGGCGUGGAGGCCCCACUGCUGAGCCCCCCGCCAGAGGCCGCCCCCCGCGGCGGCGGCAAGGCUCCCCUGGGCAGCCGGACGUCGCCGGGCGUGCCGCCGCCCGCCACCAAGCCCAAGCUGUGGUCACUGGCCGAGAUCGCCACGUCGGACCUCAAGCAGCCGAGUCUGGGCCCAAGCUGCGGGCCCCCGGGUCUGCCCGCGGCCGCGGCGCCUGCGUCGUCCGGGGCGCCGCCAGGCGGCUCGCCCUACUCCGCCUCUCCGCUGCUUGGCCGCCACCUCUACUACACGUCGCCCUUCUACGGCAACUACACAAACUACGGGAACUUGAACGCGGCGCUGCAGGGCCAGGGGCUCCUGCGCUACAACUCGGCCGCCGCAGCCUCCGGCGAGGCGCUGCACGCCGCCCCCAAGGCAGGCAGUGACGCGGGCAAGGCGGGUGCCCACCCGCUGGAGGCCCACUACCGGCCGCCGGGCGGCGGCUACGAGCCCAAGAAAGAUGCCAGCGAGGGCUGCGCGGUUGGCGGGGGUGUCCAGCCCUACCUAUAGAAGGCCGGUGUGCAGCGUUUCAAGUAGGUGUCACAAUUGCUUUGGAAAAAAAAAAAAAAAAAAGUCAUCCAGCCAGCUUCCCAAUCUAAUAAAUAUACAGAUAUAAAAACCCGAUCUUUAAAUCCGGAUCCCAUCUCGUGCCACUGUCUGUGAGAAGAACGCACAGCGCACCACCACGCACAGACUCUAAUGGUUAGAACAGACCUUGUUGGCCAUGUGUGAAUUUGUUGGCAUAGCGUAGCUUCUCCGAUGUACGUGUGACUUUCGCGAACAAUCUGUUUCUUUUUUCCUCAGGAUCUCUUGAAUUAUCACUUCAUUGCCACGGUAUCUAUUCUCUAGGUGUGAUAGGAUUGACUGGAAAUUUUAUUUGUAAAAGAUGUACACAGUAGAAAUAAUAAAAUGUGAUUGAAGAACUUGAGUACUUAAGAAGUGGAAACAAAUUUGAUAUUUAUUUUUAUAAUGAUAUAAAGCUUCUAGUAAUUUAUGCAAGUUGUAUUGCAAUGGAAUCUAAACUUUUUGUAAAUAAAUUCUGCCUGGUUUUUAUUUGAACAUUGCUGGUUAUACAAUCUUUGUUGGUUGUUUAACAAGAAUUCUUUACUAAUUUAUAUCUUAAAUUGUAAAUAAAAACAGACUAGACUACAAU